UGGGGGCUGUCGCCGUCUCCCUCCCCUCAGGGCGGGCGCUGGGGGCCAUCACUGCCUCCCUCCCCUCAGGGCGGGCGCGGCGGGGCCGUGGCUGUGGCCGCCGCUCGCCGAGGGGCGCCCCGCAGCGCCCGGGGGCUGACGGCUGCCUCCCGCCGCGGCGGUCCGGAUGAGUGCGGCUCGCCGGAGGCUGCGGAUGACACGGGUGAAGGAGCUGGUGGUCUACUGCCUUUUCCUGGGGCUGUCCUUCCCCCUCGUGGUGCUGCUGCUGCUCUGACAUGAGCCGGGCGACGGUCUCUGCCCGCCGCGGGGGCACAGGCGGGAGGAGCCGGCGGGGGCCCCGUUUCGCAGCCCGGUGUGCGGCUGGCGGCAGCCGCCUGACAGCCUGACGCGCGGCCGGGGGGACGGGCGGGGGUGGCGGCGGUUUGGGGGACGAUGAGGAGGUCGGGGGCGGCUCACAGGGUGCCAUCCAGGCGGGGCGGGCAGGCGGUCCGCCUCUCCCCGAGGAGGGCGCCCGGGCUGGCGUCGGGGGCUGGCCGCGCUGAGACCCUGCGGGCGUGAUGUCGCCUCCCGCUCGCUGAGAGGCACACGGGGAAGCGCCGCGCCGCGGGAUCCUGCCCGUUUUAUUUCCCGAAGUUGGGGUUUGGCGGCUGGGGGGUGGAGGCGGCGGCACCUGGGCGCUGAGGCUGCCCAGAUGCGCCAGCGGCUGCGCGCCCUGCCACCCCAGCCACUUCGCGCGGGGCCGGCGGCCGCGCCUCUGCCCGCGCCGGCAGCCGCCGGGCGGCGGCUGUAGCCAGGGGGCAGCUCCCCGCCGCGGCGCUCGCGUUGCCGUAAUUCGCCGCUCUGCGGGGCGGAGUGUGUCCCCGCCGGCUUGCCGUGCGGGGAGGCGGGCCGGGGGCCGGCUGCGAUGGGAGAGAGCAUGUCCAAGAGACUGAGGCUGCAGCUGGGCGGUGAGGCGGAGAUGGAGGAGCGGGCGUUCGCCAACCCGUAUGCGGACUACCAGCCGCACGGAGCCGCCGCCAGCGCCGCAGACACCCAGCGGGACAGGGCGCCCCUUCCCCUGGAGGAGGAGUCCCUCCCCUUCGGCCCCGACGGGAAGGUCAGUGCUCAGUUCUCAAAACGGAUCCAGACAAAAAUCAAGGACCUUUUGCAGCAAAUGGAGGAAGGACUAAAGACAGCAGAUCCACAUGACUGUUCUGCCUAUACUGGCUGGACUGGCAUUGCCCUUUUAUAUCUGCAACUGUACCGUGUCACGAAAAACCAGAGCCAUUUGCAGCGGUCUCUUGAUUAUGUGAAGAGAAUCCUUCGCAAUCUGAAUGGCAGAAGAGUUACUUUCCUCUGUGGCGAUGCUGGUCCCCUGGCAGUGGGUGCAGUGGUUUAUCACAAGCUGAAAAAUGACAGUGAAUCUAAAGAAUGUGUUGCCAAGUUGUUGCAGCUCCAAAGGACAGUCAUAAGCACAGAUGCUGAACUUCCAGAUGAGCUGCUUUACGGCAGAGCGGGUUACCUAUAUGCCUUGCUGUACCUGAAUACUGAAAUUGGUCCAGACACUGUCCCUCAGUCUGUUAUCAAAGAGGUAAUAGACGCCAUUAUUGAGUCGGGCAAGAACUUCUCAAAGGAGGAACGUAAAACAGACCGCUGCCCUCUGUUGUACCAGUGGCACAGGAAGCAAUACAUCGGAGCAGCCCAUGGUGUGGCUGGGAUCUAUUACAUGCUAAUGCAGCCAAUCGCAAAUGUGGAUCAGGAGACCCUGACGGAGCUGGUGAAGCCGAGCAUUGACUAUGUGCGUCAUAAAAAAUUCAGAUCUGGGAAUUACCCAUCAUCACUGAGCAAUGAAACUGACAGACUGGUUCACUGGUGCCAUGGUGCCCCCGGAGUCAUCCACAUGCUCAUGCAAGCUUAUAAGACCUUUAAAGAGGAUAAAUACUUGAAAGAUGCUAUGGAGUGUAGCGAUGUCAUCUGGCAGAGGGGUUUACUGAGAAAAGGAUACGGGAUCUGCCAUGGUACUGCUGGCAAUGGCUAUUCCUUCUUAUCUCUCUAUAACCUAACUCAGGACAAAAAGUACCUCUACCGAGCUUGCAAGUUUGCUGAAUGGUGUUUGGAGUAUGGUGCCCAUGGAUGUCGUAUUCCUGACCGACCUUAUUCUCUCUUUGAAGGGAUGGCUGGAGCUAUUCACUUCCUCUCAGAUAUUUCAGUACCGGAGACUUCCCAGUUUCCAGCAUUUGAACUUGGACCUCAAAGGAGGGAAAACAAAGUGGAACAGGAUAGCUAAGGGAUCAUUCUGAAAGGAAAUUAUGACAAAAGCGACAAGACUGUUUAGUGCCUCUGAUACUGAACCAACUUGAUCCUAAACUGACAGAUGGAUAAACCCCUUUUCCCACUUCCCUCUGCCCCAAAGGACCAUGAAAUCACUAGAGCAUGGAUGAGAAGAAGCCACAUAUAAGUUCUGUUAAAGUGACACCUUCACAUGUAGGACAAGAGAAGUCAAGUUUGAACGUUCUCUGUUUUGUUGCAUUUGUCAUCUUCAGGUCUUUCACAUGCUCUGCAUGUUUAUUACUGUUGUCUGUUGAUAUGAGUCUUCUGUUGUAAGCAAAAAGCUGUUCUCUGUGAAUCUCAGUCCUGUCCCUUCACGUCUGACUCACAACAGCAGUGUUGCUUUCUGCAGUGUGGUUAUCCACAGAGUUCCACUUUAUGCCAGACAGUCCAGUGUAAGGCAGUGCUUGGUUUCAUUAGUGAGGUGGUUACUUUAAAAUGAGAAGAACAACUUCUUUACAUUCAUGUUUCUGCAUUUUCCUCCACAGCCCCUAGAAGCUGAGGCAAUGGAGAUCAGCCUUGUUUGAAGAAGUGGUAUGAGGUCAUCUCAGUUUUCAGGGCUUUAUUAGGUUUGAAGGGACCUGUUGUUGUGGGAUUUUUUUUUUUAUUUUUUAUUUUUUUGGAGCAGAACAGAGCAGGAACAGCAAGUUAUGCUUUUCCUCUCUUUUUACAUGAAUUUGUAAUAAAUCCAUCCUGCAUCAUGUAGUAUGCAAAGAAGUAAUGGGGAGGCAGGGCAGUUUCUCAUGGCUGAUAACUCAGGAUGACUGUCACUCCUGAACCAAGGAGGUGAUUUGUUCUAUUCCCCCCGCCCUGCCCAGCCCCACUGCAUUUAGCCCAGGUAGUGUGACAGCAGCAAUAAGUAUCAGCUGCUCGUGGAGGUUGCCAAAUACUAAGGAACAAUAUGUAAGCUGUUGCUAGAAAUUGUGAGUAAAGUUUAUGUCAUCUUAAAUUCAAAACCAGAGAGAAAAGUUCCUUUGCCCUUGUUCUGAACUGUGCUGUUAGUGCUUUGCUUCUUGUUGUAGUGUGGUGGUGGUGUGAAAUACUAGCCCUUCCCUCUACCGGCAAGCUAUUACUCAGUUCUGCCUCCAUGCUCUUGAUCUGGGAGGAGAAGUGGAACUUAAGGCAAGAACACUUACAGCACAUUUACAUUUUACAUGUAAUAAAUACACUUACUGUUUGAAAAAGGUAAGUAAGUGUAUCAUUGUCACGCUUGCUCAAGCUCUGUUGUCCUUUUCCCACUCACACCCUCCCAGCUCUCCCUGUGCUCUGUCAUUCCAGGUGCUUAUUUUAAUUGAUAUCUUGUAUUGGAUGUGAGUGCGACAGAUGGCAGAGACUUUGUCUGACCUUUCAGGCGUGCAUUGGGAUAUAUAUGACCUGUGAGCCAUCUGCUGAGCUCCAGUGUUUGCAGUCAGGCUUGGAAAAGCAUUGUGGCUCCUGCAUAAAUCUCUGAAUGGCAGCAAGUGGCUUCCUUGAACUUUACAGUAUCUGUUGCCAAAUCCAUCCGGAUGUUAAUAAUCUCCUGAUUGAGUUCUGCUAGGCAAUAGAGGCAGUGCCAAUGCAGGGACAGCUUAAUGUCACAGUGUAGCGCUUGCAUUGAUGUGUCAGUAGGACUAAAGGGUGGGAGCAGCAGGAGGGAAUUUUCCACCCCUCUGGCAAAGGGUAGAAGAUGAGGCUCUGAACCCAGCUGCACCUAUACAGCCAAGCAAGAGAGAAGAUGCUGAAAGGCAACAGGAAGGAGGGAAGAUGUAUGGAAAGCGGCUGCGGGGAAAUGAACCUAAGCAGAAAGGGAGGAAGUGGAGGGAUCAGUGAGGAACUGGGAAAGCCAAUUUCAGGAUGUAGUAUGCAGAGGGUACAGGGGAGGUAGAAUGUAGCCUGCUCCUAUGUUUCAUAUUCUUUUUUUCCUUCUCUUUUUUUUCCUUCCCUCUCCUCUACAACUGCACAGCGACUGAGAUGGAUUAACAGGGAAGUGUAUUCCCCUUGUGCCAGAGGGGAACCUUUUCAGCAGAUCCCACACAUGUGCUGUCCUGACUGCAUAACUGGGGGUGGGGAGGUACCGGCAGGGAUUCUUUUUCAUUCAGUGAUUAUAAGCUUUCUUGGCUGCUGAGCUUGAAUGGCAGCUGUGGGAGGUAAUUUUGGCUGUCAGGGGCCCAAUGAGAAGUAAAACUUUCUCUUACUGUUUAAAAAAAAAUGUAUAGGUGUAUGUACACACUUAGAACAGCUUAAUACUGAGCAAAGCUCUGAGGCGCUUGAGUGCAGCAGUCAAAAUAAUGAGCAAGUCAGCUAUUAGCUCUUUCUGUAUUGCGGCCACCCUUCUGCUGUGGUUAGGCCUGGUGCUGUCUUCCUUCCGAAAAUAAUGUUGGAAUGGAGCAAGACAGGAAACAUAAUGCAUAAAGUCAAGAAGCUCAGGACAGUGUGUCUGCCUCGUCUUCUUGAUAUGCCUUUCCUCAUGACUCUUCCUUUGUGUUUGUGGCAGCUUUGUGAUGUUCAGGUGGCCCAGUAAAAAAGGAUGUUGUGUGAAGGGGUGAAAAAAUGCAUUUCACCAACACAUUUGAAAAUUUUGUUUUCAGAAAUCACGUCAAACUAAGAUGUGGAAAAAUGUCUUAAUAUUCCCUGAUUUGCCUUGUCCAUGUGUAAUAGUCCAUUUAUUGCAAAAAGCAGUAGUGUUAAAAAUGGAGAUGCUUAUUGGGCAGAAAAAGAGGGGGAAAAAUGCUUAUGUUUUUGUUCUUUGGCUUUAUUAGUAAAGAUCAAGCUAUGUGGUGGCAAUUUGUCUGAAAAAAAAUUUUCGUGUUUUGUUCCUUCCUUCCCUGCUGCCCUGUAAUGGUAGUUGUUCCACUGCUGUAACUGCUGAAUUGUCUCCCACUAUCAUAGGCUUGCAGAGUGAAACAGAAUCGAAGUAUGAAAGCACAUGGGCACAUCAUUUUUUUUUUUUAACCCUCACCUUUUAUUAGAGUUGAAGGGCUCUUAGUGUUGUUUCUCCCGAGUGAGCUGCAGUGUGCAUUGCUUAAUGCCUCAGUGCAAAGCUUUGCUUGCCUCUGCUCAAACAGGUCGUGUUGAGCAGUGUUUUCAGCUCAAGCCUUACUUUCAGCCAGCUGUUUUUUAAGAACACAUAUAUGAAAUAUCUCUGUCUGCCUUGUGCAGUGAUUUCCUGUUUUCCAGCUUCAAGAAAGUUUGAGGUUUUUCUCUAGCUAAGAUUUAACUGAAUAAAUUCUUGCGAGUGUGCUGCAACCACUGGGCGGUAUUUCUGAUUCACAAAGCCCUGUAUGCCAUUUGUGGCCCUCUGUGCUACUUGAGAGCAAAAACUCUAAACAGAAUAAUUUCUUCUUUGAAUUCAUGAUGUACUUCUGACCUGUAGGCAGAUCUCAGUCACUGAAGUACUGUUCUCUCUAUAUUAAGUCAAAAUAGGAUACAAAGGGCCAUCAGGGGAGAGGGGUCCCAGAGCCACAGGGCUUGCAAAAGCAAGGUGGCCUAAGACUGAUUUAACCAUUUCCCUCGCCCACUGAGAUAGCAGAGCUAUAUUAUAAGCCAGGUACCACAAGUGAUGUGUUAGAUAGAUAGCAGGAUAAAAAAAGGCUCCACUGUCUGACAAGGUGUUUUAGCCACAGCUUCUUGGGUACAUGCAUAUAGAACUAAGACAUCUGGGUUUUUUGGUUUUAUUUUUUUUUAAGUAAGGAACAAAGAAUACUAUUUCCUUUUUGCUCUGCAUAUUUUGAGCAGCUUCUUAGAAAAAUAUAGUCCUAGCUGUUUGUUUUCACAGCAGUGUAAGCUGUCAUAACGCUUGAAAGAAAGAAAAAAAAAAAACCCCACAAAACAUAAAAGCUUGUCACUACAUUAUCUUUUCCUGGAGUGAUAAUGAAACACUGGAGCAGCUGCAAGGCGGCGGCUGGUGGGAGCCCCAAACAGAAAUGCCAGGGUUGGUACCAUCUUUGUCAAACCUGGACCUAUUUGUAGCACAGCUGAUUAGUCAUCCUGCUAAUUACUGGGAUGGAAGCCACUGCAUUAUAUUGCAGGUGAAUUUAGCCCUCGUUCUACAAGGGAUGGGGCAAUCAGUCACACCAGGGACUUAUUUUAAAGGAUAAUUUAUUCCCCUUUUUGUUUCCACUGGUGUAAAUAGAAAAAUAAGGUAAGUGUAACGCAGAGGCAGCUCAGGGCAUGAGGGUGAGCACAAGUGGGUGAAUACAGAUCGAGCAGGUCCCAGCUGCUGUCACAGCUGGCUCUCACACCACCCUUAGCCACCUGGCCUUGCACAGCAAGCACAAGGGCUGUGUGCCUGCUGGAAGGCUGAGGCAAAACCUUCAGCCCCCUCGGAGUGCCAUUAACUUAAUUAACCGACCAGUACAGAGCCUUUCCUAAUGAACAUGGAAGGCAGCAAGAGCCUCGGAGCAAGGUGCCUCGCUGGAGGAACACUUUUUACUUUCUUCUGGUCAGAGCAGGAAAGGAGCAUUGAGCUUUUGGGGGAUGGUGCAAAGGAGGAACAACUGUAGCCCUAUGAAGUGCUUGUGAGAGGGGAGUUGUUGAAAAAAAGAGGUGCUUACGCAUCUUAGUAUGCAGCUUUGAAGGGGCAUGUCUGCACCUCGCCAGCCUAGUACAACGACCUGGCCAUAGCCAGGCCUUACCUUCAAUGUGAGCCUGUUGCUGAAGGGUGUGCUUUAGCCUGUUGUCAUCCUGUGCUGAAAGAAGCUUUACAGGCCUGUUGAAGGACAAAAAGCAAUCCUUACUGCUGAUUAUUUGAGGGCAGAGGGGGAGUAAGGUGGUGCUCUUGAGUCAGACAUCCUUCUGCCGCAGGGCAGGAAAGAGAUAUGUGGAGCAUAAAGUAAAAAGCCAGUGGGAAGGUAUUCCCAAAGCCUCCUAAAAGCAGGACACUGAACAUCGAGGAGGUCAGGUGCAUGGUCAAGGAGUCACUGCACUCGUGCGUGUUCCUGGCCCAAGUGUACUGGAAGAUGGUACUACAGGUCAAACCACAGCAGCCCCCAGCAGUUGGUGUUAGGUCAUGGCCACCAAUCUGCCAGACACCAGGUCACCCCACUACCACCACCACCACCACCAAGCUUAAAUUAACAACACAAUAUAUCAGCUGUUUCAGCACCAGCAGCCUGAAGAGCCGUCCACCGCCAUCAUGCAAGACUGAGCUGUCGGAGGCCAAGACAGGCAUUCAGUGGUUGAGACUGAUUUUCUGUCCAGAUCAAUUGAGUGAGCAUUUAUGCACCUUCUGGUCUGCAAUGCAUUUGACAGGCUGCUCAUUACCAGCUCCCUGCCGGUGCCUGUAUCUGUCACCUGCUGCCAAGGUUUUGAGGCUGCGGUCGCCUGGCGGGCUGGUUCCGACUCAUGAUGGAGGGGAGCGAAGGAAGGCAGGCGGUGCUUGUCUGAGCUCCUCACCCUCAGAUCUGCGCACUGAACCUAGAAACCAAGGUCUGGUCUGUCAAAGAGGUACAUUCAUAGAGCGCAGAGGAGUCUCGCUAUGACUGUCUCAAAUCUUCACCCUUAGUGACAAUCAGGAAUCUAAUCCCAAACCUCAAAAUGUUUUGGCAUCUGUAGCUAGCAAUCACCUCACAGUGGUCCAAAUAACAACCUGAAAGAUACUCAAGAAAAACUAUUCUCUCCACCAGGAGAGCAGAGUUCACACACAUCAUUACAUGUGCCCAUUAGACAGCACAUUUUCCCCAACAAAAUAGCAUUUAGGGUAAAUGGCUUUUUGGCUCCACUGUCUCUACCUCAAGAAAGUCUGCCCCAGGAAGCAACCCUGCUGUCCUGUAGCUCUUCAAGAAAUGGUUCUGCUCCAUGGUGAAGAGGGCUCUCACCAGUCAAGACCGCAGAAGUCAAAAAAACCCUGGUGUUUGUAGAGAUGAUGCAGAGCCCUGCUUGGCCUAACCACGAUUGCCAAGAGCAGAUCUUGAGCCACCACUUUUCAAUGUUUUACCAUUAAUCUGAACUGCCAUACUCAAAGCCUUGCUGCUAGAAAUUGCUGAGCCACUCAAGCCUUGUUGAGGGAGGAGGACAGAGUCGGGGUUAGAGGGCACCAAAGUGUAUUCCCCACCUCUCUCCAGUGUGCUGCGCUUUGCCAAUCAGGCACAAGGAAUAAAGAAAUCAGUCUCCAGGAGCUGAGCAACUGUGUUGGAAAGCAGCUCUUCAUGGAAGGCCGCUGGGGCACACACCAGCGCACAGCUUAAUGCUUUGGCUCAUCUAUAGAAGUGGAAACCUGCCUACAUGCACUACCUUGCACCAUACAUUGCAUUAGCAUUGGUACUACAUCUAUGCUUCCAGGAGGCAUGGAAAUAGUUCGCAGCUCUCCGCAGAGGAGCCCGUAAGUUGGGAGAAGCAAGUCUUGUGAUAGAAACUUAAACAGUGGUAGCUAAACAUUUUAUCAGAAAGGAGAGAUGCUCUUUUCGUCACAUGCAGCUACUUAUAUGUGAAAAAUCUGAAAACUGAUAGGGAAGCAAAUGGGGCUUUUUGGUCUCACCAGUGUAGGUGGAACAACUCUGCAGUCUGAACCCGAAAUGAGAUAAACUCCAAAAAUGAAGCCAGUUGUGAGGCAGGGUUUGCUGAGUGAGGAGAUGGCCUUUGUUCAGAACUGCAGAGCUCUAAGAAAUACUGCAUUUAAUGCCGCUCCAGAGAAAAAUUUGAUGACUGAGUACCUGCAACCGCAAGCUACACACAGUGAUCCACAGGGUCCUUUAUGAGUCUGUAAAUAUCUCUGCUCAUUCCUGCCCUCCAUAAUCCCUGAAGAGAAAUGAAAGCAGAGUGCAUCCAAUCAUUCACAAGCCUUGCUGUUCUUCAUUGAGACUGGGCUAAUAGCAAAACCUCAGACCUUAAACCAAUCCCCUAGCCAUGGGAAGGGCAAGUUCCUCCCCCACCUCACAAUGUAUCCUAGGCUUUCCUCACAGGCCUUGGACAUAGGAAGGAUUAGCCACACCAUAGCUACAGGCAAGGUAUACUGAGACUCAAUGCUAACACCUCUUUUAAAGCUGCUUAGUUGGAAAUUUUACAGUGGAACAAAAGAGACUCACCCCUCCCUUGUCCUCCAGGGUUGGAGUAGCAGAGACUUUGAAGGUUUUCUUGCCUGCAGUGACCAGCUCGGUACAUUCCUUCCAGUCAAUGCCUCCUCAUGGAUACAUUAGAAACGUUUUGAGAAUACCCAACUGAACAGAGGACCUCAAGGAGUAACAUUAUGUUUCUGGCUCCAAAUGGGGCUUAGUAACUGCGCCUUGGCUUUAUUAUGCUUCAGUGCUUCAGUCCUAUUUUAAAGCAUCUGCGUCCUCUGUUUUGAAUGCUACUACUGCAAGAAAUACAAGAUUGAUAACUGCAACACACCAAACCAACUUUUUGAUGUAGCUGGUGAGAUCUCCAAAGCAGAUGGGGAGGCAGCCCCACAGCCUGGGCUGCGAGCCACAGCUCGACCUCAGCCCUGGAGCUCCUGGAAGGGGCCUGGGGAGCAUCUGAUGGCCAGGACUGGGACUCUCAGAAGCAAGUACACUGAGAAGGGCACCAAACUUUGCAGUCAAAACACCACCCCACCUUGGGAGCGAGGCACCAGGAUCUCUGUUGUGUUACAAAGCGAGAAACAGCAACCAGAAAAUCUCACGCAUAAAUCCCUAUGGCCAAAGCACUUACCUGCGAUGUGGAAGUUCACCUUAGCUGCAAUAACCAACUGCACGCUUUGUUCAUCAGCACUGCAGAGUAACUUUGUGUUUGAAGGUCAUGUUUUCCUCCACCAGUGUGAUUAAGGCUGCCCACCCGACCUGUCAGCACUGCUCUGGUGGUGAGAAGUGACCCUACCAUGUCCACUUGUGUGCCUGUAGCCUGCGUUUUAGCCCUGGCUCUCUGAAGUGGCAGUCAGAUACAAGGCUCUCCAUAGAAGUAGUCCUGCCUACUGGCCUUUUUUGUACACAACUGAUCACACUUUUAGCUCUAAUUGCUUACAUAAAGCUUUAAAAAAAAUACUGCUCAGGAAAGAGCAAUAAAGAUGAUUAGGUGCCUAAAGGUAGAGCAAUAUCUAAUGUUACUUUAAUAAAACACAUUCCAAAAGAAACUCUCUAUACAUUUGAAGAGUAACAGAAGCCUGAGACUGUAGAAAGACCAAGUUCUGCUCCAUCCUCCAACCCAUCAACCCAGUUUUACAAAAGAUGCAAUAUACACACCCAUAUCAGCUUUAUUUUGUUAACAUGACCCUACCAAAAGUUACAGGCUUCCCCCUUCUUUCCCCCACCCCCACAGCUUUUUUCUUUUUUUAACUAAGAAGAAAAAAAGGAAAAGAAGAAAAAAGGAAACCUGAAAAACUGCAAAAGCAAGGCAACCAGGGGAAGGGCAUGUAAGCAAUUUGCAAGUAAUUCAUAGGAAUACCAACACAGGUGCUGUGUGUUCAACAGGAGACUAAGCAACUGCCAGGAGAGGAGCACAUGUAUGUUGGAAGAGGUAGUGUCAAGCACCAGCAUUAACAAAGAAAACAAUCAGACUGCAGAAAAACUUCACCAGAAGUUGAAUUUCCAUAUACAGCAUAAAAAUUCACUGUAAAAGGCUUCUAUCCAAGCUUAUCAGGAAAAUGCCAACUCUUGUAGAUACAUUUCGUAAUAUAGAAGAACAACAUCUAUCUUCUAACACCAGAGGUCUGUCAUUUCUGUUGACAGAAAAAGAAAUGUUGGAUUUGUUUUUAAAAAACUACACAGUGCAUACACAACCAUACAACAUGACAUAGGCAGCUUUAAACUUUGAGUGCACACUGAUUUAGAAAAUAUAUACAGUUGUGGUGUGCAGGCAGAUGGACCUACUGAUUAAUCAUAUAUAAAAUGUACCUUUCCUUAUCUUAAAUGUCCACUGAGCUGCACUGCACACACAAAAGUACACGCUUUGUCCCUUAUUAUGAUGCACAGUAAGAGAGUUAUUACUGAAACACUUCUGAAAAGUAUUUCUACCUUGUCUCAGUGUCAGGUCCAACGUGAGGGUAAAUGGGUGAGGUUCUCCAGCCUGUGAUAUACAGGGGAAGAGACAAGGUGACCUAAACAAGCAACACUGCAAUAGGAGAGGAGGAAUGCACAACUCUCCUCAUUCAUUCUGUUCCUCUCACAUGCAACGAAGUCUGCAGAAAACCCUGAUAUUUAAGAAAACCAAAGCAGUCCCUUGUCAGGCAACUCUCUCCAAGCGUUUACAUGAAUACCUGGUAUUCAGCAUACAAGCAGCCCUUCUUAUGUUUCACUACUUAAAAUUAAACAGCCAACUGAUUGGAAAACAGCCCUGCCUAUCAAAACACUUUAAAUGAUAGAUUACGUAAGAUUUAAAUCUAGCUAAGCAACUUAGGCAAGAUCAUCUCUGGGAAGCUAAGAAAAGAAUUUUGUCCUUCCUAAAUUCAGUGUUACUAAAUAAGUCAAAAAAAAAAAAAAAAAAAAAAAAAAAAAAGGCUUACCUGGGUCUGCUUGCAUUUCUUCAUUUUUAAGUAUAAUGAAAAAGAAUUACAAGAAGUAUUAGAAUUUGGGUGGGUUAUUUUUAAUCCAUAAUACAGUAUGGAGGAGUAAGCAAAAGACUGGGCAAACUUCUUAUAAGUAGAUACAUUCAACAUUUUUGAAACAUAUGCUGAACAUAAGCAAAUAUAGGAGGAUAUGAUCUGAUUCAGUCUCACAUGAAUUAUAAUAUAAGUGCAAGUGCAAACUCAGAACUUGGGGCUAACCUCACAUCAGCUCCAAUUUCACGAGUCCCUCUUGCUGGCAGAAUGAGCUCUGCAGUCCUGGAAAGAUCUUUUUACGCCCCCUUAGAGUCACCCAUCCUUAUGUGCCAGAACUUUUAGCAUGAUGCUAUUUUCUACGCCCUUAUCCCUUGUGACAGAGACAUAUAUCAAAAUAAAACCAAGACCGAUCACUGCUAUCAAAUGCUAACACCACUUCUAAUAGGAACUGCCUGUUGAUUUGAUAAAACAAAGUCUUUUCUUCAGGCCAAGUCUUGAUCCAAGUGGUAUCAAGACACAGCUCCCUUUGGCUUUAUUGUGGUUGUGACCAGGACUCUUACUAUGUCCUGCAAGCUACGGUAUCACAGAAACAGCUUUCUCUGACUUGGUGAAUCCAACUGCACUUCCAGAAGGCAGGUCACAGCAAAAGGAGUCUGCACAAUGUAACAUAACCUAAGCCAAGAGCUUCCGUGCCACUAAAUCAGGCAGGUCUCCCCUGACACUCAUCAGUAGAACAAACUGUAAACUACUUUCUUCCCUUCCCUGGCUGCCAUACAAUUACUUCAGUUACAAUUUCUCCCAAGUCAAGAUUCCUGUAAUGAGCUCUUCAAAAGUUAGUUCUGCUCCAGUAGAUGACUAUUAACAGCACCGGCAACUUUUACAAACGCAGUGUCCCUUAGCGAUUUUCCUGUUAAGUCAACUCAUGUGCAUAAUACCAAAGGGAUGCUCUUUUCUGUCAGUUUUGCAAAUUUAGCUUGCUCUCUAGGAAAAAAUUCUCACAAGCCACUGGCAGAAAUAAGAUACAUUAGUAGCACAACAAAACUUUUGCUCCCUGAGCAACAUAGGUCUUUUGGAUUACUUCAGAUUACCUCUGUGCCCUCCAUGCCCUAGCUGGAGUGACAUAGGAGCAGUCAGUGUAUCGGCAGUGAGGAAACAGUAAUCGACCUGGUACCCAAAGGACCAUACCAGACUCCUAACUCUCAGCUGUGCUGUCUCUGCAGGUCUCUCAGAAGUUAAAAAGCAAUGGGAUCUUCUUUUUGCCGCUCAUUAACAAUAUGACUCUGAAUACACACCAAGUGAGAAGGUGCCAUUGAUAUGCGGUCACUCCUCAGAGCAGCUUCAUGUCUUUGCUAGAGAUAGAUGUGCCUAACAACCCUCCCGGGAAAAGGGCUUUGUGUUUUUUUCAAGGUGUUGACUUGUGGUCACUCAGAGAGCCAGCCACAAGCAUGAAUCAGGGACCCUGGGAAUACUCACAGCAAAGUGUACAGAAAUCCAAGUGCCAGCAGCAGUUGCAAAGCCAAACCAUCUGUGCGUUGGGUUAAGGAACUGCUUUUAAAAAGGCUAUUUGACUAUGAUGCAGGAAGGAGAGCAUGUUACAAACCUGUCACCUGGAGAUGACAGCUCAACUAUGUACUCUUUGUGGCAGCAGUAAGACCAUAACCAAACUAUUUUUUGCCAGUGACAAAAUUCCCAUCAAUUUCAAAUGGAACAAACUUGGGAGUGGGCUCCUGUUCCUUUUUGUUAUAGUUAUUUUUCAAUUUAGGGAAGAAAAUUUUUCUAUGUAUUUCAACAUUUCUGAAUACAUCUAGAGACACAAGCACAAGUAGCUCUGAUGUUAGAACACUUCCCUCUCCCUACUGACAUUUAGGUCAUCAGCUGUUUCCUACAAUCUAACCUUGGGCUAUAGCACAGAACAAAAUCUGUAGGGCAUCAAAAGGGGAAGAGAAGCCAGGCUGAAGAGGCCACAGGCAGAGUCUAGGUGCUGGCCAAGAAGCGCUCAAGCUCUGGUCAUUCUCUUUUUAGGCGCACCAUUUAUAGCAAUGAAGCCCUCUCUUCUAAGGCACUUGGCAAAGCCAUUCCCAUGACUCAACCAACACUGGUGCCCCAUUCCUUCAGUGACUUCUAUCACAGCGCAUUUCUGUUGUGCAUUAGAACAGAGUUUUACAAGAAAACUCUAAAUGAAGACAAUGGUUGUCACCAUCCCUGGUAAAAGCAUUGCCCAGCCUCUUCUACAUUUACCCUCUUUGUCUCUCAUUUCCAUUCAAUUAGGGCAUUUCUUCUAAUGGGGGCUUAGGAGCAUGUAAAUCACUUUGGGAUUGCAUAAAGAACUGUUACUUGUCGCCUGCCACAAUGCAAUAAUGCACAUAGUUGAAACAAUAAAUAAGGAGAAAGACAUACAGAUUUUAAAUAUAGGUUUCCAUUAAAAGCAUUACAAAGACGACUCUUCUCAUUUUGAAGACAAAAGAAAAAAUCCACUUCUACUGCAAAAACAAAAAAAAAAUUAAAAAAUCACCCCUUUGCAAGUAACUUUAAUGAGGAAAGGCGCAGGGAAGGGAGGGAGAGAGGAUUUAGAGAAUUAGCAAGUGUUCAAAAGGGCAGAUGCCCUCCAUCUCUGUCAUUUUGCAAUGGCACCUUCUUCUCAUACAGUCAGGUCCAAGACCACAGAGUCCUCACGUCGAGGAUUUCACCACCUGCUCGUAGGGGGGAGGUGGCGUGUUGCAGUAGGAAGGUGGGGGUGGAUAAACUGGGUUCCCUUGGGGGGAAUUGGGCUGGACAUGGAAAGCCAUAGCCAUGGGAUUCAUCGCAGGUCCACCUGGAUCUGUGUAAUACGGCACCCCAGGUUGUUGUGACCCUGGAAGAAAAGAAAAGAAAAAGGGAGAGAAAAGGUAUCAACAACAGCAGCAGCAGACAGCAGUCAUGCCCUUCCAAGGGCAAGAGAGAGGGUCUGCCUGUGCUCUGCCCCUCAGGGAAGCCAUACACAGUAGGUUUUACCCAGAGCCUAGGACAUGUGGCCAAGGCAACGCUCAAAGGUUGGCUCUGUUUCAAGGCUGGCUGCUUACAGAAAAUGUAAAAUACCUCAAAGUGUUUAUCAGAGCAAGGACAAGGAGCCAUGUUUGUCCCACUCCUGAGGAAACCCAGACUUGCAGGACAGCACACUACAUUCACUUACAGAGUUUUCACCAAAAGGAUGUCUCAGUUUUGCACAUAAUAGAAAGAAACUUAGUGAGACCAAGGGCACUACUGCCCCAACCAACCAUCAUUUGAAAGGGAGAGCAGUGAGCCCUGCUCAGUUCUCUGGACAGAAAAGCUGUCGUGCCCACAUAAAGGAGAGGCUGAGAGACCCCAAUGAAUACAGGAAUUUCCCUUGCAGCCCCUGCCUUAGGUGUGACAUCUUACAAGACACACAGAACUGCACAGAUUAUUUUGUAACAUACUGGAUUAGUCUGCACUUCAGAGUAUAUCUCAAAUAGAAAACUUCCCUUUGGGGUAGGAUAUGGCUAAGGAGUAAACGUGUGUGGUGCAAAAAAACCAAGUCCAGUUGAAGCCAAUUAAGACUUGCUAACACAAUGAGACAAGAUUGUUUAGUAUUAGUACAGAUUAAAUUUAGGAAAUGAAAUUGGAGCCUGCAGGGACAAGGAAACUUACAAUUGAAUGAAAAAUUCCUAACCGUGACACUUGAAGAGUUACACAGACGGCUGCCAUGAAGAGUAACACAAGUAGUUACCUCCCUUGGGUAUCACAACAGGCAGUGGAAGACUACGUCACACAAUUUCAGCUAUUAAAGUUAGUAGUGCCUCUGUCUUAAUAUGUAAACUAGUUUCCUUUUCUCUCUCUCUCUGCCUCUCUCUCUCUCUAAAUAAGGCUGGACUGAAACAAAAAAAAUCAUGACUGAGCAACAGGUUUUCUCCUUUCGGUGCUGCUCUGGUUUUCCUAUAAUGAAACAGCCUCUAAGGGAUUUUCCAUUUAGUCAUUCAUUUCCAUGACUUAGUGACUCCAGGAUUCAGUAUUACCAUAGGAGGAAUAUAGGCGUCCAGAGCUUUAAGCAUCCUCUAGUACUUUAAGCAAUCAGAAAGGAUCCGUAGAGCAAACUCAAAAAUAUGUUCUUAGAACAUUAAUAAGAGAUGGGUCAAGUCACAAUUCACGUUGAUUCAAACAUUCACAGAGUCUGGGGUGUCUGGCCCUGGAGUUUUACUUGGACACUCACGAGCACAGAGGAAAGAAAGCAGAUCAGGAACAUGGCUAUUUCCUUCUUAAUAACACAAGAAAAUAUUCCCUUUGCGUAUCUGAGGAAACAGGCUUGCUCCAUGGUCUCGCUUCCUCUGCUGUGGUAAGGAGAAUUAUUUGUUCUGCUUCAGCUGAGUAUUAACACCCGACUGGCUGCAGAAAGAGUGCCAGGCUGGGAGCAGGUUCCAAGUUUUCCUUCUCCAAAGUUUGUGCCAAUAUUCACUUAUGUAGCCAGGGUCUCUUUUCUUAACCAUUUCUAACAUAAAGUUAAAUCUUGCUUGGCUCUGCAUUUCUGUAGUUUCCAUCAAUAUGGGGAAAUGAGAGAUGUAAGGCAGCUCAUUGCAGUUUGAGGUUUAGGAAAAUAGCUGUUUUUGUUACAGCUUCCUUGUGUUAUAGAAUUUUGGGGGCAAGUGUGGAAAUCAUUCCUUUAAAAUAUUUUUACAGUUCAUUAAAUCCAACAGAAAACAACAUCUGGGUACCAACUUAUUUGCAGGAUCAACUCAUAAGUACUUGUUAUGUGUCUACAAAGGGAUCCAACCCUUUCUAGGGCCUAAACCACUGGUUUUGUGCUAUGUAGGCCAGGGCUGAAGUGAAAGACACCACCAGAUCUGCAAACUGCAGUUUGUAGGUGAGGUGUUUGAUCCACUUGCCCAGUCAGGCCCACAAAGAAAGCACUGUCAGCCCCGGGGCUGAUGCUGGAAUAGCAGAAGAUGUUGCAGUUGUAUCUGCAGUAAGGAGAUGGCCAAGAAGCUGCACUUCAAGGGCUCCAGCUCUACAGGGCACUGGCUACUGCUCCAAAAUCUGGAAGAGGAGCUAGAGAAAAAUCAAAACUUGGUUGACUACUAAUUUCCAUUGCUUUUGCAGUUGAACUUUCUCUCUUUCCCACUGCAGCAUGCUCUGCUGUCUUGCCAGCAGGCCAGGCAGGCAAGCACGUGUCUUUCCACUCCCCUGGGGAGAGGUUCUGCAUCUGCCCCAUAGAAAUGCAAAAAAGGAGGCCAUGAAUUAAGGGGAAUCCAGCACCUCACAGCCCUAGUGGUGGCUGCUCACGACAGAGGCAAUGAGAAGGUACAGGAAUGCAGAAAAGGCAGGACAGAAAGACAGAGAGAAACUGGGAAAGCACUUGGAACUGCUGAAAGAGUGACUGAAAGUUCAGCAAAACAAACAGGAAAAAAAGACUGCAGUGAGAUUAGCUCAGACCUCAAAGUUUGAAAAAUAGUAACAACAAUCUGAAAGCAGGUGGCAUAAGUAGGCUGUCAAAGGGCCUAAGCUUGUUUAUAUUUGCCCACAACUUGUGUUCCAUGAGGUGUCAUGAAAAACUAAAGCCAUGUUCUAAAAUUAAAUCUAGUAUUUGCUCAUCUAGUUGCAAGGUGUUCCUUGUUUACAUAACCUUGGGGUUAUUUUUCAGGCCUAAAAAUAUGGUUUAGUUAGUUUGGUUGUCCCCCCCCACCACCAACCCUCCACUCUCUGCAAAAAUGUGUGUUCAAUAAAGGACAAAAAAAAAGGAUGCAGAAUGGAAACUCUGGGCCUUAAAAAAUAAAACAACAACAACUAAGUUUAAGGAAAAAGGGUGAGUAAAAUGUUACUUUGUGCCUGUAAGAGCUACUUAUCUGUCCAUUUAGACCUGGGAGAGAGAGAGAAGAAUGCAUACUUAUAAGCACCUGAUUAAGGACGCAAAACCCAGUGUUUUCAAAGUGUGUACAAAGCAGGCAGGUGAGCAGUGGCAGGCUUGACAGGGUGGAGAGCCUGAAUGCUGCAUCUCUGCGCAACACACUUCCAGUCAGAGCUAACUGGAAUGUUUUUUAUGACACCUUUUCUAAGCAGGUUGUCUUGAUGCAGACAAAAUAUUGCACAGAGCUGUAAUGAUUCAGAAAAUGAUUUCUGACACAGAAGUUUGAGGCAGCAAACUCUAAGUGAUCCCCCUUUUCAAUCCAAAAUAUUCAGUUGUAUUUCCACUGCCGAAGCAGUACAAAACCAAAACAAAUUACCAAUUCCUGAAAAGUUGCCAGAAAAUGUAAUUAUACUCUGGCUUGAGCUCUCUAUAAUACAAUGUGUGACUAAAUGACAGCACAGGAAAAGUGUCCGUGUAUCAAGUGUGCACACGUGUGUGCACGUGUGUUUUCACAGGUGCAUGUUACCCUGGUUCAUGCAAUCAGGAGGGUGGAUAAAGGUGUCUCGGUCUGGGCUUGCUGAGACAAGGAGAAGACAAGCACCUGAGUGUACACUCAAACAUAAUCUCAGCACUGUAAGUCUUCCAACUAGACACAACUGGAUUCAAAAUGCUCUCAUAAAGCACAAAUAUCUUCUGCUUACGGGUAAGUCCAAGAUUCUCCAGGCUGGGACUAUCUAACAGCCAGAGGGUAAGAAAUAAGAAACUUAGAAAACAGUAUUGCCAAAGGACUCCUCACUAUGUAGGUCCUCACUGAUGCUCACUGUCACCACUGACCAGAGAGCAAUCAGACUGAUAACUCAGGGAGAAGGGCCACUUCACUGCAGCAAAAAAUACAGCACAGAAUAUAGAAGGCAAAUCAGAAAGAGAAGACUUGCAAUAAACUAGGCUGUGGAAGGAAAAUGUUAGGCUUUCCUUCACCUCUGCCAAAUGGUAUCAACUAUACUUAAAAUUCCUUCUUCAAAUUAUUCACAAGAAGAAAACGUCAUUGUUCAUUUCGGAUACCUAUCAUUUUGUCAACACUGCAGAGUGAGUUGGUCCUAUCUUUCUUCCAUUCACUGACAUACAGCUCUAAAGAUAUUAGGAACACAAGGGAAGGGAACUAUCCUGUUAUCCUGGGUCUCAAAAAUACUGCUGUAUGCUGCUGCUGAAAUACAUUUUCUAGACGGCAGAAUUUUGUUCAUCAGAGGAGGUGGCUGCAUGGCUUAGUGCAGUAGCUUUCCUCUUCCCAGUCCCACAGUUUUCAAAAAAAAAAAAUCCCUUUUUAAUGCCUUGGCACAUAUAAGAAAUUAGAGAAACUCGUAUAAUGAGCAGUCUCCGACCUGUUGCAGUGUUGACUGGUUGUCUGGUGUAAGACACGUUAAAAGUAGGUUCUUCUACUAGUGGAGGAGGGUACAUCCGCCUUCGGAUGAAGAAGCCAGCUCCACAACAGAACAAAACUCCCAUCAUCAAAAGGAACC